AUGGAAGUAUUCAUAGGUUCCCAAUCAAACUCAGAAGAUCACCGUUAUGGUCAAGCAGAUUCGUGGCAAAAUCCAUCUCCAGUAGACAAGCAUACGCCGCGUAGUUCUGAUGCCCAACUUCAGGUCAAUAAGCUGCUAAGAGAACAUAGCUUGGCAGAGACACACAAAUGUGAAAGAGCAAACCACGCUUUACAGUGCCUUGCGCUCUUGUUCAAGGAUGUGAUUGAUUCUCUGACUCUGCGAGUGCCGCCACUGGGAGACGCAGCAAACCGUAACAAUGGCCGGUUGAAACUGUUGAUUUCGCGAUUGAGAAUUCGCAACUAUUUGAAGGUGGAGAAAAAUGGGCCCAUAGCUGUUUUGGAAUCUAAAGAAGCAGCUGCAAUCACGGUUACCAACGAUUCCUACCUCUCCGUGGUUGUGGAAUGCCCCCUCAACGCGACACUGGUGCAAAGCCUCUGUUCAAACAGUGUGUGUAUGUUAUUACCACGCGAGCUAAUCCACUUAAUCCGUAUGCGCCGGGUACAGCUGCGAUCUGUGCUACUUGAAAUCAAUUCGAGAUCGAUAACGUUGUUUAAUUCGGAUUUCCAGUUCGUUAUGGAAGAUGUACAGGCGCUAGUAAACCAUAGUUUUUAUCAGUGUCCUCAUAAUGCACUCAGAUUUGUGGCAUCGAGCGCAUCUUUCUUUGAUCGCUACGAGAGUUUGCCAAAAAUGGUAUACGCACCACAGACGUUGGAUGUCGUGACGCAGACGCUUAAACUAAACAAAGUCGAGGUGUCUUUUCUCAUCGGACAUCAAGGUACCAAGAUACAAGAGUUGCGACAGGAAUCUGGCGCAACCAUAAAAAUCAUACCGAUCGCACAAAGACUGACCAUCGAACAGCUAAAUCGCCCGGCCUCCAUUCAACAGCACAUCACUAUUACAGGAAAUCUUGACACUGUCACCAAAGCAGUUAGUCUAAUUGACAGUCAGCUGGCAGCUUACCGAUUGUAG